GCUCCACCUCACAAGCAGAGGCACAUGGAGUAGGAUAACACAUCGUCAAGGCUCUGAGAUUACAUCUACAUACCUGCACAUAUACAGAUACUGGACUGCGUUGAAUCUCUUCACCUGCCUGGUUUGGAUUAGCAGUGUUGGACAUAUUCAGCAUAUAUUCUCCUGCAUGGACUAUUAACUUCUGCACAAUGCUGCUCCGCUUGGAGAAUUUCAACCUCGGUUAUACCCAAGUAAAAUGGAGGAUAGUUUUGAUUGCGACUGUGGCGAGCUUGAGCCACCUGAUCUCUGAGGGCGAGAAUUUACUUUGAAGACUUCAAGGCCAGACUCAUUUCAGUUGUAGGGGUUGGGUGACUUGACAGGAAAUAUAUAUUUAAAAAAAAAAAUAAAUAAAACAAAGAGAAAAAAAAGUAAAAAGAAGACUAAAAAAAAUAGUGCAUUACAGCACAUUUCACAUGAAGCUGCUCAGGACCAGUCAUACACUGAAUGUAUCUGCACUGUGAGGAUGCAACUGUGUGCUUUUAUAGUUUAACUUAGUCCCAGUGCUUUUUAAUUGGCCUCAAAGUCCAUUCCAUUACCGCCUAUAAACACUAGUUUACUAAGAGUUGCUUUGUUCAAGAUAUCCACUCGUGCAGAAUUAGAGGAAUCAUUUCUUUGUCUUUUAUAAAAAUUUUCUCUCCUUAUGCAAAAUGGAAAGAAAGUUUGACUACACAAUAGUGCCCCACAUUUGACAGUGACGGCUAGCCGGGGGGACUCUGUAGUUGUCUGUGCAGGGGUUAGUUGGCGCAGCCUCUGGAGCAGAGGGGGGGGGGGAUCGAUCAAUUCCUCUGGAGGUGUCAAAGUUGGGCUUGGUAUAGGCCAGAGAACAAAAGUUAGAAAUAGCAGAAGCUCGGUAGAAAACCAUAUUAAAAACAGUCGUCAUGGCCGAGAAGUUUGAGUCGCUGAUGAACAUCCACGGCUUUGACCUGGGUUCUCGCUACAUGGACUUGAAGCCUCUGGGCUACGGAGGGAACGGGCUGGUGUUUUCAGCAGUUGACACUGACUGUGACAAGCGUGUAGCUGUUAAGAAAAUUAUCUUGACCGACCCACAAAGUGUGAAGCACGCCCUGAGGGAAAUCAAGAUCAUCAGGCGCCUUGACCACGACAACAUAGUUAAGGUGUUUGAGACACUGGGCCCCAAUGGUCGCAGGCUAACGGAGGACGUGGUGUCCCUGACGGAGGUUAACUCUGUCUACAUUGUGCAAGAAUACAUGGAAACCGACUUAUGCCAACUGCUUGAGAGGGGCCUUCUGUCGGAAGGUCAUGCCAGGCUUUUCAUGUACCAGCUCCUCAGGGGCCUCAAGUACAUCCACUCUGCCAAUGUGCUGCACCGUGACCUCAAGCCUGCCAACCUGUUUGUCAACACAGAAGACCUGGUACUUAAGAUCGGGGACUUUGGGCUGGCUCGCAUCAUGGACCCCCACUACUCUCACAAGGGCCAUCUUUCUGAAGGUCUCGUCACAAAGUGGUACAGAUCUCCUCGUCUGCUGCUCUCUCCCAACAACUACACCAAAGCCAUCGACAUGUGGGCUGCUGGCUGCAUCUUUGCUGAAAUGCUCACAGGGAAAACCCUCUUUGCGGGAGCACACGAACUGGAGCAAAUGCAGCUGAUCCUGGAGUCCAUCCCCGUGCUGAGAGAGGAAGAUCGGCAGGAGCUCCACAGUGUCAUCCCCGUCUUCAUCCGUAACGACAUGUCCAGCCCUCACACACCUCUGGCCAAAUUGCUGCCUGGCGUCAGUCCACAGGCCCUGGAUUUCCUGGAGAAGAUCCUGACCUUUAACCCCAUGGAUCGUCUGACUGCAGAGGAGGCCCUGGCCCACCCCUACAUGGCUGACUACUCCUUCCCCCUGGACGAGCCUGUCUCUCUGCACCCCUUCCACAUUGAGGAUGAAGUAGAUGAUAUCCUGCUCAUGGACCAGAGCCACAGCCACACCUGGGACAGGUAUCACGAAAGCCAGCUCUCAGAGGCUGAUUGGCACUUGCACAGCACACACGACCCCGAAGAAGUUCAGGUCGACCCAAGGGCACUCUCUGAUGUGACAGAUGAGGAAGAGGUCCAGGUGGAUCCUCGUAAAUACGCUGAUGGAGAUCGGGAGAAGUUCCUUGAUGAGCCGUCUUACGACUACUCAACUCUAUUCCCACCGGACCGAUCUUGGCAGGACGACGACCACCACGAGAACAAAUACUGUGACUUGCAGUGUAGCCACACCUGUAACUACAAGGCCGUGUCACCCUCCUACCUGGACAACCUCAUAUGGAGGGACAGCGAAGUCAACCACUACUACGAACCCAAGCUCAUCAUCGACCUCUCCAACUGGAAGGAGCAGCAGAGCAAAGAGAAGGCGGACCGCAAAGCCAAGAGCAAAUGUGAGAAGAAUGGGCUGGUGAAGGCCCAGAUUGCACUGCAGGAGGCCGAGAAGAUCCAGAGUCCGGUGGAGAAGGACAAAGUGCAAGAGAAACACCAGACGGAGAAGCCUCCAAGCCAACAAAACCAAGGCUUUGACUUUGACUCCUUCAUCGCCAGCACCAUCAAACUGAGCCUGCAGCCGGAGCCCUGCCCAGAGGUGGCCGUGUUCAAUGAGGUGGGCCUCCUGAACGAGCUCAACUCCUCUGUCUCUCAGCUGGAGGCUCCUCGCUCGAGCUCCAUGUCCAAGUCCACAAGUCAGGAGAAAGAGGAGAAGUGCCUGGUAAACCUCGCCCAGUUGGGUGGAGGAGGGUUGGGAGUCGUCAGCGGGGACUGCGUCUGGCCCGCUCGCCCCUGGGAGAGCUUCGGCUCCGGGGAGAGAGUCAGCGAGAGCGGCUGUUUGAUCGAUGAAGCGUGCUGGGACAUUCGCAAAGAGGACCACCUCCAGAAGGAGAGCACUUACACCAGCUACCUGGAUCGUCUGUUCAGCCGGAAGGAAGAGGGCGUCGCGGAGACUGGGGCCAGUCCGGAGACGGAGCCCUCGGCGGUGAGAGAGCUGGACGAGAGCUUCCUCGACAGUAGCACAGAGAUCGUGCUUAAUAUGCAGCUGCAAUCUCUGCCUGUCUUUGACAGCGCCGAUGACUUGCCUCUAAAAUCCAUCCAGGCGUCCCUCACCCCCUGCGCUGUCAAAUGCUCCCCACAAAUUGCCCACAAAACGUACAGCAGCAUCUUCAAGCAUCUUAAUUAAAGAAUAUAUAUCCUCCCUCACAGUGCAAAAUCUAGGCAGACUUGUUUUUAUGUUUUUUUUUUAUAUAUAUAUAACAUGAUAUAUUACUGUACUUGAAUCAUUUCAUACCUUUUUUUAUUAUGGUUACUUUUAAUAAUUUCUUUUUUUUUUUUUUUUUAAGCGUUGAGAUGGGUGGUUUAUUAUAUUUGAAGAGUUUCGGUCAUCACUCUGAGCCUUGAUCACCAGGCCUUCAUGGGUUAAUGUCUACGCCCUCAUUGCUAAACUGGCAUGUCACUCGCACACAUAAAGUACUGUAGAUGAAAGGAGAUCUGGAGAGAAGGAGCUGGGAGCAAGACAAGCAGGAAGCGAGGAUUCGAGAAGCAAGGUGUGACAUAAGGAAGGAAGUAGACGCUAACAUUGCUGUGGGCUUUUAAAGUGCUUUCAAACAGCCUUUCCUGGGAUGGGGUGUACAAGGAAAAAAAAGGGGGGGGGAAUGGGAUGUCCUGUUUUUUUUUUUUUUUUUUUUUUUUUUUAAUUUCUGUGUUUUUGACUUUAUAACAUUUUCCCCAAAGAAAGCUUCCUUAAUAACCCUUUCAUACUGUAAAUCUGACACAUGAUGCCAGCAGCAACCAUUAUCGUAGGCGUUAAUGUAAAUGUGUUAUCUACCUCAAGGUAACAGCCGCGAGAGACACUCGAAGCCGCACUAGUGCUUUACACACGUUGACCAUCCUCAUGCCAUGAAAUGAAGUGGUCGCCUAGAUGAAAUCUGUCUCACUUUAGCAUUUAACAUAGUGAGGUGUUUCAGUAAUCAUUAUUUAUUUCUAGCAGAUGUGCGAUAUUUAUUUUAUCAAAAUGUGUUAUUUCAAUGUGAUUAUUGAAGAUUGAGGAGUUGGUCAGACUUCCAUUUUCAUUUCGGCACCAUGUGAGCGUGCAAGUGUUCCUUUGUUUUACGGUAGGAUGCAAAUUCAUGUGUUACGUUCUAAAAAGAAGUCGAGGCUUUCCUUUUUUUCCAUCAACAUUGUUCUAAUGGAUAUCAUUCGUUUUUUAUUUGUGGGUGCGCUCUGUCUUUAGUGGAAAAGAAACUCCUUCAAGGUUUAAAGAAGCGCCUAAAAGUCUUAAUUUUUUUCUAUCUAAAUGUAAAAGAAAAGAAAAUGUGUGCAUGGAGGCAAGAGAAAGGUACAUUAAGAGUAAAGUUAAUGGUGAGUAUAAUGUACGUCAGUUUUAAUUGUACAUUUUUUUCGUUUUGUUAAAUUUCUAUGUACUUUUUCCAGGCAAGCAUGAUGAAUUAGGUUACGGUGUAGCAUGUAGAACACUUAUGGACUUCUUUUGUAAUCAUUGGUUCCCCUGUUCUACAAAAUAUCUCAAAAUAAAAUUUACUGGCAAAGA